AAAAGAAGCCUCUGCUCCCCCUAUCACCCACAAACAAAUGGGCUGGUGGAGAAAAUGAAUGGCACCAUCCAGAGAGCCCUGUGUAAAGUCGUUGGCGACCAACCAGAAAUGUGGGAUGAGUAUCUGGAUGCUGUAAUGUUUGGACUCAGAACUAAAAAACAAGUGACCACCAAAUACUCACCUUAUUACCUAAUGUUUGGCAGAGAGGCUCGCUAUCCUUCCGAAAUCCCAGAAGAGUUCAUGGUUGAUGAGAGUGUGGAAGACAUUGUGGGGCAGGAGGAGCUGUCGGAAGACAUUCAAAAGCAUCAAAAGCUGUUGGAACUGGUGAAGGACAAUGUGGUCAAAGCUCAGGAAAAAACAAAGGGCAAAAUAAAAAUGAUGACGAGAGAUGUCGUCUUCAAAGUUGGUGACAAAGUUUUAAGAGCUAACAUAAGAAGUCAGCAGAGGAAAGGGGGAAAACUUGAAGCAAACUUUUUAGGCCCUUACAUUAUUACAGCAAUCCAAGGUAAAAGUGCAGAUCUUCAGGAUUCCAAUGGGACAAUCAUUCCAAAAGUAAAUAUUGACCAACUAAAGUUAAGCAAAGACAGCAUGCCAAGAGUGCCACACCGGGGUUCAAAGAAAACAGCAGCCACAUUACCAACAGCACAACCAGGUCCAGCAGCACCACAAGCUGCAGCAGCACCAGCAUCUGCUCUAGCUUCACAGGCUACAGCAGCACCAGUGGCGGUAGCACCACCACCACCUCCUCCUAGAGCUACACAGCCUACAGCACCAAUGGCAUCACUUACAUCACUAUCGGUUCAAACACAACAUCCAUCUCCAGUUCCACAAGGUAUAGCAAUAACGGUAUCAGAUCCAGAGUCAGGAGCAACAGCACAGAAAGAGAACGAACCAGCCACAAGUGCUACAGCACCAGAAUAUGCUACAGCUGUACAAACCGAAUCCCAAACAGCAGCAGACCCAGCCUCAAAGACCAUAACAGCAGACCAGGCCUCACAAACCACAACAGCAGACCAGGCCUCACAAACCACAACAGCAGACCCAGCCUCACAAACCACAACAGCAGACCAGGCCUCACAAACCACAACGGCAGCAGACCCAGCAUCACAGACCACAACGGCAGCAGACCCAUCCUCACAGACCACAGCUCCAAAUGCUACAACCACACAAGCCUCAGCUCCACAGAUUACAGCCCAGCAAUCUACAGCACAAACCAUGGAAGCAACAGUUCCACUUGUGACACCAGCCCCAGCAACAGCCACACAAGCUAGCCCUGCACCACCUCCAGCAUCACCCUCUCAGAGAUACACUGAACCUGUUGCAGAGAAAUAUAUAAUGGAUGCCUGGGCUGGAAAGAGUCCUCACGUUCUACUCUCCAAAAUUGGUGCUUACAAAUUAUUCUACUGGGAUAUCCAACAAAUUGGUCCGGACAUGGAGUUGGAAAGUGAGUCUAUUAAUGCAUAUCUUGCGAUCAUGGUGAGACAAUGCAAUCGCCAUAAUUCAGCCAAAGCAGCAUUCAUUGAUUCAUUUUCAAUGACUGCCAUUUGGAAGAGAAAAGCUCCAAGACUCAAGAUCAAACCCAUGGAGCAUGAAGUGAUUCUGGGAAUUGUAAAUGAACAUCAUCACUGGACAUUAGUGGUCAUUUACCCACAAGAAAAGAAGUCGCUGUAUCUUGAUCCACUCGGAGAAACUAAACAAGGUAUCCAAAAUUGUUUGGAAUCAACAAGGGCAUUCAUGCGAAAAAAAGGAUGCAACGUCUCAAGAUGGACUUGUGACACAGUCAAACACCCAAAACAAUUGGACGCUACCUCAUGUGGAGUCUUUGCAUUGAAAUUUGCUGAAAAGAUCUUGCAAAAAGAGUCAAUAGACUUUCCGUCUACAAAAAAGGCCAUAAACACACACAGGCUGCAAAUUGCCACCACUCUCCUCCUAGAGACAGAUGACUUGACAAACAUCUGUCUUUUCUGCGGCGAAGAAGAGCAUGAAACUGACAACAAAUGGAUUCAGUGUGAGAUGUGUUUGCGGUGGUUCCACCAGCUCUGCGUGAAAAGCCCACCACCAGAAGACGUGUUUAUUUGUUUCGCUUGUACAUAGUUGACACUAAAGGUGCACAGCUAGUGUUCUUAUGGCACACAUUGUUGAGAACACACAUAUCGACAUAUAUAUAUAUGUAGAUGUUAAAUUAAGAAGUCUAAAAAAAGAAAAUGGUCUCCAAAGUUACUGUAGUUAUUAGUUAUACUGUGAUUUAUUUUGCAAAUAAACUCUUUCGUGAUAGCAA